AUUCCUUAUCGCGAGUGUGGCCGAGGAUGACGCCACGUUGCUGAGUUUGUAGCGUGAGAGAUUCUUCAUCUCCUUCGCUUCGUUUCUUGAUCCUAUAUAAAGGAUUCAAGCGAGAGCUGCUGAAAUCUCAGCAGGAAUCCGUUGGAUCGUUUUCAGGAAGAGUUAAAUGGCUGCUUCAGCUGUGUACAUCGCAUCAAAUAAAAUACCGACACAUUCUGGUAAACCAAGCCUGACCAAGGAAAUCUAUGGUAAACAUCUGACUACUUCAGCAGGCAUUCUGCCACUAAGUGGAGUGUUCAGAUCAGUCUCAACAACAGCUUCUUUGGAUCAGAAACUGCACAAAGGAAGAAGAGGGUUUUUAAAACUGCUUGGGAAUGUAGGACUAGGCCUUCCUGCUUUAGUGAGUAGUGGAAAUGCAUAUGCCGAUGAGCAAGGUGUGUCCUCUUCGAGGAUGUCAUAUUCAAGGUUUUUGGAGUAUCUAGACAAGGAUAGGGUGAAGAAAGUAGACUUGUUUGAAAAUGGAACCAUAGCAAUUGUAGAAGCUGUCUCUCCUGAGUUGGGUAAUCGCGUGCAAAGAGUACGUGUCCAACUACCAGGGCUUAGUCAAGAGCUUCUUCAAAAGUUAAGAGAGAAGAACAUUGAUUUUGCAGCACAUAAUGCUCAGGAAGAUUCUGGUUCUCUUCUGUUCAACUUGAUUGGCAACCUGGCUUUCCCUCUGAUCCUUAUUGGAGGUUUGUUUCUUUUGUCAAGACGGUCUUCUGGCGGAUUGGGUGGACCUGGAGGGCCUGGAUUUCCUCUUGCUUUUGGUCAAUCUAAAGCCAAGUUCCAGAUGGAACCCAACACAGGGGUCACUUUUGAUGAUGUUGCUGGUGUAGAUGAAGCAAAGCAAGACUUCAUGGAAGUGGUGGAGUUCCUAAAAAAACCAGAGAGGUUUACAGCAGUUGGUGCUCGUAUUCCCAAGGGUGUUCUUCUUAUUGGGCCUCCUGGAACUGGAAAAACUUUGCUUGCCAAGGCAAUUGCUGGUGAAGCAGGUGUUCCAUUUUUCUCGAUUUCAGGGUCAGAGUUUGUAGAAAUGUUCGUUGGUGUUGGCGCUUCACGAGUUCGUGAUCUUUUCAAGAAAGCUAAAGAGAAUGCUCCUUGUAUUGUGUUUGUUGACGAAAUUGAUGCUGUUGGAAGGCAAAGAGGAACUGGAAUUGGAGGAGGGAAUGAUGAAAGAGAGCAGACUCUUAAUCAGCUUUUGACUGAGAUGGAUGGUUUUGAAGGAAAUACCGGAAUCAUUGUAAUAGCUGCAACUAAUCGUGCUGACAUUCUAGAUUCUGCUUUACUACGACCUGGGCGAUUUGAUAGACAGGUCACAGUUGAUGUUCCUGAUGUCCGUGGGCGUACAGAAAUACUGAAAGUUCAUGCUAGCAACAAAAAGUUUGAUGGUGAUGUUUCUCUUGAUGUUAUAGCCAUGAGGACACCUGGUUUUAGUGGAGCAGAUCUUGCAAAUCUUUUGAAUGAAGCUGCUAUAUUGGCCGGUCGCCGGGGAAAGACUGCAAUUUCUUCCAAAGAGAUUGAUGACUCAAUUGACAGGAUUGUGGCUGGAAUGGAGGGUACUGUAAUGACAGAUGGGAAAAGUAAAAGUUUGGUUGCAUAUCAUGAAGUUGGGCAUGCCAUCUGCGGAACUCUAACUCCAGGACACGAUCCAGUACAAAAGGUCACCCUGAUCCCGCGAGGCCAAGCACGAGGACUUACAUGGUUCAUUCCUACUGAUGACCCGACCUUGAUAUCCAAGCAGCAGCUAUUUGCUCGAAUUGUUGGUGGUCUUGGAGGCAGAGCAGCUGAAGAUGUAAUCUUUGGUGAGCCUGAAGUAACCACUGGUGCAGCCGGUGAUUUGCAGCAGAUCACUGGUUUGGCCAAACAGAUGGUGACCACUUUUGGAAUGUCAGAGAUAGGUCCAUGGUCCCUUAUGGACUCUUCAGCACAGAGUGCAGAUGUUAUCAUGAGAAUGAUGGCAAGAAACUCAAUGUCCGAGAAGCUCGCUGAGGACAUUGAUGCUGCUGUGAAGCGCAUAUCAGACAAAGCAUAUGAGAUUGCAUUAAGUCAUAUCAGAAACAACCGUGAAGCCAUUGAUAAGAUUGUAGAGGUCCUCCUGGAGAAGGAGACACUGAGUGGUGAUGAGUUCCGGGCAAUCCUUUCAGAAUUCGUUGAAAUCCCUGCAGAGAACAGGGUCCCACCCACUGCACCAGCUCCGGUCCCUGUGUAGAUUUGUUCACAAAUUCCAUAUAGAAACUUCAUAUUGGAGAGGAUGAUGCUGUUUAUAAUACAUAAAAUGUGGGCUGCUUGUUCUCUCCAUGUUUGAGCAUCCUUCUAUAAUCUGUAUGAUCAUUGUGUUGUCAGUACAGUUCAAAUAUUGAAGUUGUAUUUUGGGGAUAGAGUGUCUAAGAUAAUUCUAAUGGAGAAAUAUAGUCCUUUUUGUUA